UCGUGGACAACAUCCUAGUCCAGACUUUUUCCGUGCGUCCUUCUGGCAAGUUUUUUUGCCGGUCGCUGUUUCAAGGUGAAAUUUUUUCGUUUCGUUGCUGUAUUUUCACCCCCUCCCGUCUUUCUUGUGGGAAGUUUUUGGCGCAGAAGAGAUCGUCUUGCGAGGCUCCCGUCAGCUUUUUCUUGUUCCAGCAACUCGUCAUCCAAUUGCUUUAAGUUUGUAGCAAAGUUGAUCUUGCGUGCGGUCGGCCUGAAUGAGGACAGCACACCCUAGUCGUGGCCGGUGUGGAUAUGACCAAGAGGGGUAGGGUGGACGCCGGGAAGGAGAAGCUCAAGUCGGAGGCGGCGGCGAAGGCGAAAGCGGGGGCGGGCGCCAACUUGGAGGAGGAGGAGGAUGACAACGGGGGGUUCGGCGCUUGGCUGCGAUCCGGCGAGGGCGUCACCUACAUGCACAUCUUCGUCCUCACCAACUCCUUCUUCGUUUUCCUCACCAUGCUCUGGCCGCAGAUCAGUCAGAUGCUCAAGAUCAUGUUCCUCCCCACGGACAAGUAGACGUCCCACCUGCUCCUAACUGUGUGAACCCACGCGGUGCGCACCACUGCAAUUUAACCUGUGUAAACUCUCAGCCGAGAACUUGAAUCGAGCACCGUCACGCCGGAAACCGCCCGAACAUGGCUCUGACGGGGACUUUGCAAGGCCUCGUGAUCCUGUUCUUCGUCGGGUGGUACACGAUCGGCGUGUGGAAAGCGACGGACCAGCUCUUCAAGAACCAGUUCCAGAAGUACCUGGACUCCCAGACGACACUGCGAACCGACUUCACGGCCGGGGAAACUCCGGAACGGUUCCCGCGGGACGAGGACGAGUCGACGGGCGCGGAGACCGGUGGAACGGAUGACGUCAUCGCUAGACAGGAUGACGUCGACAUCGCUCCAGAUCCCGUUGAUGAUGACGAGGGGGUGUGCUAUCUCGACGAAUGGCCGAGGGAAGAGGGACCUGUUUUUAGUGAGAGCGAUGCGUGGCAUUAUGAACUGUAGCGAAUUCAACAUUUGGACGUAUUUAUGCUGAAAGGAAGUAUGUGCAUAGGGAUUGCGUGUGAAAUAGUUCCUUUUAGCAUAAAUACGUCCGUUCCGUCGCCCGGCUCACAAAAAGGGCUACACUUUUGCAUUGGCGGAUCCAGAAAAUUGGCAACACUGUAUUUUCUCCAUUUGAACCUAUGGAAAUGAAUCGAUUCUUGGAGGGGUCAGGUGCUCCGACAAGAAUCGAAUAUUUAGCAUAGAUUUAAAUGAGGAGGAUCCGGUGUUACCAAACUGCUGGAUCCGCCUCUGACACUUUGAGAUGAGCCCGGAGAAGCAUUGAAUUGUAUGGACGACAUGGUCCAUUGCAGAGUGUACUGCUGUGCUAAGGAAAAACGCCGCAUGAACAUUUGAGAGUUUCCAAAUUUCCUCCGAUAAAUGUGUAUUUUUCAGGGAAGUUAUCAAAAUUUUUCAUUUCAAAUUUUUGGACGAUUUAGAUCAAAUUACGAACGAAAUUCUCUGAAAACUCGGAGGAAAAAUGCUGCAGAGAUUCCCGAAAAUCCGCGAUUUAUCAGAGGAAAUUUGGCAACGCCUGAAGGCUCAUACGGCGUUGUUCCUUAGCACGACAGUGUAGUUACGCCUACAUGUCUGGAGAGCGACGAUUUGUGAAAGUUUUCAGAAACAUGCUCGAGUUUAGUGUCGAUGUUCGGCUCUAUUUUGUAGUUUGCUCGAUUUAAUUGAUAAUUUUCUGAGAGGCCUCCCUUUAAGUAUGAAGAAAAAUCAACAUUGAACAAAAAUUCAACGUCAUAUCAUAAAUAUUUACCCAGCUAUAUACAAUUGAGUGAAAUAAGUAUUGAUUUAUAAUUUUUUUUUUUUCAUUUUUAGCCUUGUCAAAUUUAUUAGUGUUAGGCUAACUGAUGGAGGCUUAUUAUUUCCAUCGCCCGUGUAUGUACUUAGAUGUUGCAGUGAACUCUUUUUAUUGGGUUCUUAACUUUCUAAAAAUUACCUUAAACUGUUUUCUAAAUAAAUUUGAAUUUGGUUGACCUCAA